AUGUGUGAGCCUUCUAUCAGUUCCUUUCUAUCGAUAUUCAUUCUGAAAAAAAAGUUGUUCACAGAUUACAAUGCGUCCAAAGAAAGACGAUUAGGCGGCAGGCUGGAUCCGGCAAAACUUGCCAGAAAAACUCAUAAAAGUUGGGAACAGCUGAGGCGUCAUGAUCCUGAUGUGGAGGUUUCCGAUGAACCCACUGAGCAUCUCUUCGUAAGUAACAGCAGUGUACUAUGUGGAGUUUCUCUAGAAGAAUUGGAGGAGAUUUUUCUUCCAUUCGAUUCCAAUGCCACCUUUACUGUUUUUCCUAAUAAGCGGUCCUAUUCUUUUGUAAGCUUCUCGUCAAAGGAAAAUGCCAUCGCUGCUCGUGAAGCUCUUAACGGAGUGGUCCCGACGCAACUUAAAAUCUCCCAUCAACCCUUCUUGAUCUCCUUUAUCAAACAACUGCCUAGAGGAGGGUCUUUUGACAAACAACUGCUCCCAGCCGAUCUUGUUCUCUUGGAGGAUUACAUUACUGAAGCACAAGAGGAGGAGCUGCUGAAUAUGGUUCUAACCUCAGGACGUGCAAAGUCUUUAAAACAUCGAGCUGUCAUCCAUUACGGUUUUGAGUUUGACUACAGUGCUAAUGCUGCCUUCAAGCCUACUGAUCCAAUUCCUGAUUUGAUUGAACGAUUUGUGGACCGCAUAGUGGGUGAUGGUCUCGUUAACUUUCGACCGGACCAGGUAGCAGUGGUAACUCUUUUACUAAUCUAUGCGUUUUCACCGAGUUCUCUCGAGGUUACGAUCAACGUUUACGAACCUGGUCAAGGUAUACCCUCUCACUAUGACACGCACUCGGCUUUUGAAGACCCUAUCGUGUGCUUGAGUAUGUGCUCUGACGUCGUGAUGGAAUUUAAAGAUGGAGCAAAUUCGGCUCGAAUUUGUCCGGUGCUUUUGAAGCGGCGAUCACUUUGUUUGAUUAAAGGGGAGUCGAGAUAUCGUUGGAAGCAUGGAAUUGUCAAUCGGAAACACGAUAUUAACCCGGUUACACAUCGAGUAACUAGUCGUCAACUUCGUAUAUCUAUAACCCUGCGGAAGAUACGUCAUAAACCCUGCCAGUGUCAAUUCAAGGAGUUUUGUGAUUGGGACAGGGAAGGUGAAAUGGCUGUUCCAUCAGAUGACACUUCCGCUGAACGUUUGGAACAACUAUACGUGAAUGGUGUGUAUGAGAGUAUUGCUUCCCAUUUUGAUGAGACGAGGUUCUCCAGUUGGGCCGGAGUAAAAAGAUUUUUGGACUCGUUACCUGAUUUCUCCAUAGUUUACGAUGUUGGCUGCGGAAACGGAAAAUAUUUGGUUCGAGAAGAUCGGCUCUGCAAGAUCGGAUGCGAUAUGAGCCGAAUGCUGUGUGAGAUUGCUGCAGCAAAGGGAUGCAUGGUUGUUCACGCAGAUGGCCUGUGUCUUCCUUUCCGAGAAGGAGCAGACGCAGUUUUGUCUAUAGCGGUUCUACAUCAUAUGGCAGUGCUAUCGCGACGUCAAAAGUUGAUUGGAGAAAUCCUAAGGGUUUUGAAGGUGGGAGGCAAGGCAUGCAUAACGGUCUGGUCGAUGGAUCAGAGCAAUUCGGAAUAUUCAAAGAUGAGGGAAAACAAGGACUGCAGUGUUGAUGUGCAGCAGGAUAGGCUGUUGAUUCAUGACGGAAAAAAUUUCGUCCAGCAAGAUAUGCUUGUACCAUGGAGGAUAGACGACACAGACGAAACAUUUUUCAGGUACUAUCACGUUUUUGCUGAAGGAGAAAUGGAAGAACUUCUGCGAUCUGUUGGUGGCUGCCAAAUAGACAGUAUUGAAAAAGAACAGGGUAAUUUCAUUGCUGUGAUAACCAAAAUAAGUAGCUCAGAUUGA